AUGGGGGAUCUGAGACAGACCAUUGGGGUCAUGUCACAGACGAUAUGCCCAAGCUCACGAGUUCCAUCUGAGGAGGACCUAAAGGCUCCAAAUGGUGUUAAAGAAGAGAAAAUGCAGAUGAAGAGGGAGAUUUCUCUCCUGAAUGGGAUCUGCCUCAUUGUGGGCAACAUGAUCGGCUCUGGGAUUUUUGUUUCACCAAAGGGCGUACUCAUGUACAGCGCUUCUUAUGGACUGUCGCUGCUCAUCUGGGCUCUUGGCGGGAUCUUCUCAGUGUUUGGGGCUUUGUGCUACGCAGAGCUCGGCACCACCAUCACCAAAUCUGGAGCCAGCUACGCCUACAUCCUGGAGUCUUUUGGUGGCUUCUUGGCUUUCAUUCGUCUGUGGACGUCCAUCCUCCUGAUCGAGCCAGCCAGCCAGGCUGUGAUUUCGCUGACAUUCGCCAACUACCUGGUGGAGGCUUUCUACCCCACCUGCCAGCCGCCAUAUGCUGCUGUCCGCCUCCUUGCCGCAGCCUGUCUCUGUAUCCUCAUCUUCAUUAACUGUGCUUAUGUGAAGUGGGGGACUCUAGUGCAGGACAUCUUCACUUAUGCCAAACUGAUGUCACUUUUCCUCAUCAUUAUUAUAGGAAUCCUGAAGAUAUCCAGCGGAGAAACAAAGAGCUUUGAGAACCCGAUGGAGGGCUCCUCGGCAGACCCCGGCGCCAUCGCUUUGGCCCUCUACUCAGCUCUCUUCUCCUACUCUGGCUGGGACACGCUCAACUAUGUAACUGAGGAGAUUUGUAACCCAGAGAGAAAUCUGCCGCUGGCCAUCGCCAUUUCCAUGCCCAUAGUGACCAUCAUCUACCUACUGACCAACGUGGCGUACUAUGUGGUUCUAGACAUGUCCUCUCUGCUGGCCAGUGACGCUGUCGCUGUGACAUUUGGAAAUGCGGUCCUGGGGCCGUUCAGUUGGAUCAUCCCAGUUUCUGUGGCCAUGUCCUGCUAUGGAGGACUCAAUGCUUCCGUCAUUGCUGCUUCACGACUGUUUUUUGUUGGAGCCAGAGAGGGCCACCUCCCCAACAGUCUGAGUCUGAUCCACCUGAAGCGCUACACGCCCAUACCUGCUCUGCUGUUCAACGGCUUAAUGGGCCUGAUUUUCCUGUGUGUGAGGGACGUGUUUCAGCUCAUCAACUACUUCAGCUUCAGUUACUGGCUCUACGUGGGUCUCUCUGUGGCUGGCCUCAUCUACCUACGCAUCACCCAGCCGGACAGACACAGACCUGUCAAGCUCACCUUGUUCUUCCCCUUCAUCUACUGUUUUUGUAGCCUGUUCUUAGUCAUCGUCCCUCUGUACGGCGACACCAUCAACUCCCUCAUAGGAAUUGGUAUUGCACUGUCUGGUGUGCCAGUUUAUUACGUGGCCAUUUACCUGCCUGAGGAGAGAAGGCCUAAAUUCAUCCGCAAGCUAAACACCUUCGCCACCAGAUACACCCAGAUGCUGCUGUAUUGCUGCCUGACUGAGUCUGACACAGAGGAAGAAAUUCAUGGAGGCAUUAAAACACAAUGAAGCCAC